AUGGUGCAAAUUACGAUACAAUCGAUGCGCGACGACUUUCUCACGUGUCUUACCAUACCGGCCAUCGCCGAUUCGAUACCAUCCGAGAUCUUCCCGCGAGAUUCGAUUCGAAUACCUCCGAAUAUUAAAUUAGCGGAUCCGAAAUUUCAUCUACCGCGCUCCGUCGAUCUAUUGAUUGGUUCCGGAGCCACGAUAUCAUUAUUCUCAAUCGGUCAAAUUAAUUUGUCUCACAAGGGUCAGGAUUUUUAUUUACAAAAGACUCGUCUAGGCUGGGUGGUCGCUGGUGGAGCGUCAUCACCAUCUCCGUCAAAGAACGCGACAUGCCAUUUCACGAGUCUAGAAAAUCAAUUACUUAAAUUCUGGACAAUAGAGAAAGUCGAGACGGAUAGACCGUGGUCGGCGGAGAAAAGGGAGUGCGAAGCGCACUUCAGAAAGACCGUCCGCCGUGACAGCAGCGGGCGUUACAUAGUUCGUUUGCCGUUUCGAGAUUCAAAUGUGCGUUUAGGGGAAUCGCGAACUAACGCGCUCAGGCGUCUGUUGUCAUUAGAACGCAAACUUGACGCGAAUGCAAAGUUAAAGGAUGAAUAUAUUCGGGUAAUAGAAGAAUAUUUAGAAUUGGGGCACAUGUCCUUAGUAGAGGAUCCCAAUGAUGACGGAUUUUAUAUCCACACCACGCAGUAA